GGGGCCUGGGGGAGAGUCGGGAGCCCUGCGGCUACCCUUCUGAACCCUUUUGCCCGUCGCGCAGGACCAGAGUCCCGGGCCUCUCACUCCUGGAGGGGGCAGCGGAGGGCAGGAGCCCGGCCGAGCCAGGGCCCGCUCCGCCCCUUGGGGCUCUCCUCGGGGAAGGGCCUCGGAGGCAUCCGACGCAUUCCGGCGGCGGAGAGCGGGGCCGCCCAGCCUCCCGCCGGGAGCCGAAUUCCGGCCCCGCAGCUCACGCGGCGGCUCCCGGGGCGGCAGGGGCAGGGGCGCCGCGCUGGCUCCGCCCCAGCCCUGCGAGGAAAGGGGAUCGCUCCCGGCCGGUGGGAGGGGUCGCAGCCCGCGCUCCCCCUCCCCACCGCCUGCCCCGGGUUAAAUGCGGCCGCCCCCGCCGCUCGCUCCAGCCGCCUGGCAGUCCCCACCUCGGGCGCGCUGCCUGCGCCGGUACCUGGUCCAGCUGCCCGGGAGGCUCCGCCCGUCGGCUCCGCUCCGCGGCCGCGCCUCCGAGCUGUCCGGCGGGCUCAGGCUCUGGCACUUCCGUUCUCUGUCCCCCAAGCACCAUGAGGGGCCUUCUAUGCUCGCCACUGCCUAUGUUGCUGCUGCUUCUCCAGCCCUGGGAAAGCCAGCUCCAGUUCGCAGGUCCCAGGUGUCGAACGGGGCCCCUGGAUUUGGUGUUCGUGAUUGACAGCUCGCGCAGCGUGCGCCCCUUUGAGUUCGAAACCAUGCGGCAGUUCCUGGUGGGCCUCCUCCGCGGCCUGGACGUGGGGCCCAACGCUACGCGCGUCGGAGUGAUCCAGUACUCGAGUCAAGUGCAGAGCGUCUUCCGGCUCGGCGCCUUCUCGCGCCGCGAGGAUAUGGAGCGCGCCAUUCGCGCGCUGGUGCCGCUGGCUCAGGGCACCAUGACCGGGCUGGCGAUCCAGUACGCCAUGAACGUGGCUUUCAGCGUGGCCGAGGGCGCGCGCCCGCCGGAGGCGCGCGUGCCGCGCAUCGCUGUCAUUGUGACCGACGGGCGACCCCAGGAUCGCGUGGCUGAGGUGGCGGCUCAGGCGCGCGCCCGCGGCAUUGAGAUCUACGCCGUGGGGGUGCAGCGCGCCGACGUGGGCUCCCUGCGCGCCAUGGCGUCUCCCCCGCUGGACGAGCACGUCUUCCUCGUUGAGUCCUUCGAUCUUAUCCAGGAGUUUGGCCUACAGUUCCAGGGUCGGCUGUGUGGAAAGGACCUGUGUGUUGAGGGGGGACACGGCUGCCAGCACCAAUGUGUCAGCGCCCCGGGCACGUUCCACUGUGCCUGCAACCCUGGCUACCAGCUAGCUGCAGAUAACAAGAGCUGUUUGGCCAUUGACCUGUGCGCUGAAGGGACCCAUGGCUGUGAGCACCACUGCAUCAGCUCCCCAGGCUCCUAUUCCUGCCGCUGCCGAGCUGGCUUUGUACUCCAGCAGGACCAGAGAAGCUGCAGGGCCAUUGACCACUGCAGCUUUGGGAACCACAGCUGCCAGCACGAGUGUGUUAGCACCUUUCGUGGGCCCCGGUGCCACUGCAGAGAGGGCCACGACCUGCUGCCCGACGGGAGGAGCUGUCAGGCCCGGGACCUUUGCAACGGUGUAGACCAUGGAUGUGAGUUCCAGUGUGUGAGUGAGGGCCUCUCUUACCGCUGCCUGUGCCCUGAGGGCCAGCAACUGCAGGCAGAUGGCAAGAGCUGCAACCGGUGCCGGGAAGGCCACGUGGACCUGGUUCUGCUCGUUGAUGGCUCCAAGAGCGUGCGCCCGCAGAACUUCGAGCUGGUGAAGCGCUUUGUGAACCAGAUCGUGGACUUCCUGGACGUGUCCCCCGAGGGCACGCGCGUGGGGCUGGUGCAGUUCUCCAGCCGCGUGCGCACCGAGUUCCCGCUGGGCCGCUACGGCACCGCGGCCGAGGUCAAGCAGGCGGUCCUGGCCGUGGAGUACAUGGAGCGCGGUACCAUGACAGGGCUGGCGCUGCGCCACAUGGUGGAGCACAGCUUCUCCGAGGCGCAGGGCGCACGGCCCCGCGCCCUCAACGUGCCUCGCGUGGGCCUGGUGUUCACAGACGGCCGCUCCCAGGAUGACAUCUCGGUGUGGGCGGCGCGUGCCAAGGAGGAAGGCAUCGUCAUGUACGCCGUGGGCGUGGGCAAGGCAGUGGAGGAGGAGCUGCGCCAGAUCGCCUCCGAGCCUGCCGAGCUGCACGUGUCCUACUCCCCCGACUUCGGCUCCAUGACGCACCUGCUGGAGAACCUCAGAGGCAGCAUCUGCCCUGAUUCUCAUUCCCCUGACUCUCUGUGCCCGGCUGGCAGAGGAGGGCGUCGGCGCGGGUACAGAGCUUCGGAGCCCGUGCGAAUGCGAAAGCCUCGUGGAGUUCCAGGGUCGCACGCUGGGGGCGCUCGAGAAGCUAACGCAGAACCUGGCCCAGCUGGCGGCGCGCCUGGAGGAUCUGGAGAACCAGUUGGCCAGCCAGAAGUGAGGGCCGCCGGUGGCUCGGAGCCGGGCAGGGACGCGGCCCUGCGGACUGGGUCCCCCGUGUGCCGUCGGGGCGCCGGGGCCGGGCAGCACCGGGGCCCCGGGGGCUUGGGCUGGCGGGGAGGGGGCGCUGGCGGGCUCCCAGCGCUGCGCUCGAGCUGGCCUCGCCUGGACCAGAAGCCGGACUGCGGCGGACGGAGGCGCGAGCUAGCUACGCACGCCGUCGCUUUGUGCUGUGCUCAGUUCUUUGUUGGGUUUCCUUUUGUUUUCUUUUUCUUAAAAAAAAAAAAAAAAAAAAAAAAAAAAAAUUUUCUUUUUUUUCCACGGGGUCGGUUUGUGGGUCUUGCUCUGCCGCCAGAGGAAGGGGAGGACAGACGGAGCGCGCUCCGGAGGCGCCCGGGCGGCGUCUCCUCCGAGAAAGGCGCUUUGUGCGGGGGGUCGGCCUGGGGGGCAGGGGGCCGGGCGCUGCUUCCCCCUCCUUGUUUAUUCAGCCGCGAACAGACGGCUCCUUAUGCGCGCUGCGGGAAGGGAGGGGGCUCGGCGCGAACCCUCGGGGUCUGAACGAGACUGCGCCCC